GCGUGGACGCACCCAGGAGAUACGAACUGUAUCAAGUAUCCGUCAGUGCAUCCUUUGCACAAAUGCACCUGCUAUCAAAGGUUCAGGGCGCCGCCACAAGUGCAGUGCCAAUUAAUGAAAUGUCAGUUUUUGCUAAAAUAAGUGGAUUUGGAUGGAGCAAAUUUCAUGUGAUGAGAUAUUUCUUGAUGAUCUGAAUGGCGGUGGCAAAUAACGAGCUUAUGAAGCCUCAGGAGGGAGAGCUAGUCAGUGAGAUCUCCAAGGCUGUGGAAUCAUUUUUCCUUUCUGAGGACAAUGGCCACCUGCACACCCAGCUCCAGGGCCUGGUGUCAGAGCUGAAGGUGGGCUUCUCCAGUGCUCUGUAUGAGCUGAGUCAGAUCCAGCAUGGAGACAGUGAUAUCAGGGAGGAGGUGGGAGAAGCCCGGAGGAGCUGUGAGAGAAAGGCCCUGCGCAUGGAGACCCUGGUUGAAUCUCUCAGGGAUGAACUGGGAGAGAUGCGUUGCCAGAUCCUGCAACUCUGUGGCAGCAACAGGCAGAGGUCUCCUAUACAACAGGAGGUAAAGGUGACACAAUCAGCUCUGGCAACCCAGAGAGACAGUAAUACAGGUCUUGUGGUGAACGGGAGGAGCCACUGUGAGUGCAGUGCCAGCAGCACGUCAUCCUCUUCGAACAGGGGCAGAGUCCUGCUCCACUGCUACCUGCAGGGGCUCAAGGCCGGGAUGUAUGAGGGGACAGAUGCAAGGCACCAGGUGACGAUGCAGCUUCUCCACUCAGAAUGGGAAUACGUGUCGACCUUAAACCAGCUCUACGACAAGUACAGAACACCUCCUGCUCUGCAGAUGGACCUGGAGCCAUAUCAGAAUUACCUGAAGUUUGUGGAGGAGCUGCUGCAGCGCCACCUUCUGUUCAGAAACACUCUGGAACAGAGGUUGUCUGCUCACGACUGGAAAGGCCUUGUGGGAGACAUCUUUGUCCAACUCGUAGGCCACAAUGACGUCAUUGCUGCAAAUGAGAAUGUGUUCUCAGUCAACUUACCUGGUAAAAUAACGUCAUCUUUCCUGGACAUGUACCAUGGAUACACGACAGCGUUGGCCACGUUUCUGUCGAUAGAAUUCAACAGAAUAAUGCUCAACGGGAAAAUACAAAACACACAGAGCUAUACGAAGGAAAGAGAGGAAGUCCAACUGUUCUCUCUGCUGUUGGCACCAGUCUCUCGAAUCCACAGUUACCUAACCCUUAUUCAGAGUCUGUUGCAGUGGACUGACAGCGAUCACCCAGACUGCAGCCUCCUCCAGGGGUCAGAAAGGGUCCUGAGGAGCAUCCUUUCCCGCUGUCACCUCAUCCUGGAGGAGGAUGUCCGAUGGGGAGACGGAGGAAGAAUGGCCGGGCCCAGUGGCAGCUGCUCUGCCUGUCCCUGUGCCAAGUCGUGCGAUCGCAGAAGCCAGCUCUGCCCUGCCACGGACACACAGAAACACAGACAGGAGUCCCGUGAUGCUGCUGGGAAACGAGAGGAACAACAACUAAGCACACGUCAAUCUAACUGUGCCGCUGGCUGCCAGAGCAUGCCCGUUGCCCGUUGGCCUACCGGUACUGUACGGAAGAAGAGUUGUUACAGAGACAGGACAGGAGGGACCCUCCAGUCUCAUCUCCAUGACUCCUGUGGCCUGGCUGGACUGGUCUACGGUGGGGACAUCAGCGCAUUCCUCCAUACGGCACCCCCUGGGUGGGGGGACAGCGACUCUGGACAGGAGUCUCCUAGUCAGGCUACGGGGGUUAAGGGACAAGGACAUGGACACGGCCCCCAGACCCCUGGUCCUCACAUGGUUCAGAGAAGCACUGAUGACUGUGACACGGAGGAGGACGUUGGGGACACCUCCGUGUUCGACUACUCCUCUGUCACCACCUGUAGCCCAGACGGGACCCUGAGGAGGGAGGGGCAAGCGAGUAAUACCGAGGAGGAGGACGAGGAAGAGGACACAGACAGUCAGGUGCCUGUUCUGUUGAAGCCCUCGUACACACAGCAGCAGCAGUCGCUGAGGGAUUCACCCAGAGAACGGACGGUAUGUCUGAGGUGGCAGAUACCAAGGCUGCCGUACCCUUCUUCUCGAAGUCCUCGACACCAGGCAGGUCCAGCGGGCCCGGAGGGACAGGGUCAGGCACCAGGACCACCAGGACCAUAUGGGAAUAGAGUCAUCAGCGUGACGAAGGGACCACCUCCUCUCCUCCCCACCAGUGUCUUCAGACCCAUCUGGGAUGAACCACCAAAACAGGAAGACGCAGCCCCUGUAAAGGAGAAUACACCACAAGGCUUCAGACCGGUUCAAGCCACUGAGAGGCAGACAUUUCCUAACUUCAAAAAGCUACGAUUCCAAACCCAGCCGAGAGUUGGCCACGUCCAGGCAGGAGCCAUGGGGGGUGUUGCAGUGUGGGAUGAGAGCGAGGAGGACAGUGAGGGGCCCUGCAGCACUGUAUGAGAGAGGGAGACUGUCUGUGAGACCAAACUAGAAGUCUGCAGCACUAUUUGAGAGAUCAACCGACAAAGACUACAGCACUGUGUGAGAGAGGGAUAAUCUAAGAGACCAGUCCAACAGUCUGCAGCACCGUGUGAGAUAUAUACCAUCUGAAAGACUGUUUGACAGACUAACCCAGAGGUCUACAGCACUGUGGGACACCAUCCGUGCAAUCAGAACAGCAACAAAAUCUCUUGCAUGCUGGCUACUUGACUAGCAUCUGUGGUCUGUCACAAGACCAACCCAGAGGACUAACAGCACUGUGUGUGAGAGACCAUCAUUUGAGAGACCAUGAGGUCCGCAGUACUGUGUGUGUGAGAGAGAGACUGUACUGUGUGAGAGAUAAUACUGAUCACAGACAGUCUAAGGUCUGCAACAAAAACAAUAACAAUGGUGGUGAGGCAGCCAGUGGCGCCGUUUCCCCCCAACUGCAGAUUCCAUCUUUAAGGUCUGCACUGCAGCAUCAUCUGAACGAUUGACCAGCCUGCAUGACUAGCAUUACACACUAGACAUCCCUGUAACAGUGCUACCGUACGAGGGCCCCUGAAGAGAAAUAGAUACGAAAGAUCCCGCAACAAGAAGAACACUUGAAAAAUCAGAAGCGAUUUCAACUCAUCCCAGAUCAGUCGCUCUGACCAACAGAGGUCCUGAACUAAAAAAAAGACUGGAGAUUCAGGAGAAAUGAAGAGACGUCUGUGUCCCAAAUGGCGCCCAAUUCUCUGUUUACAGGAAAUUGUAAUAACACAUUCUAACGUCACAUUUUAUCACAUAGUUUAAUAAAGUUCAGCGUUUUGGAGGA